UGUCUGACGUCGUCUAUUUUUCCUUGAUCAGACAGCGUUUCCUCCGUCAGAAACCUGUUGUUGUCUUUACCGCUACCAUCGGUAUCUUUGGAUAUAUAUUUUUUUAAUUCUAGGAAUUGCAGAACAUAGAGUUCUUUAUGUGCGUUGACUUUCGUGUUAUCUAAUACCAAGAGCGUUAUGAGAGAUAGCGAGAAAUGGUCUCCAGCUGUGGGUUGACUGUUCUCCCUAAGCUGUUCCAUCUGUGUUUGUUUUUGGUAACAUGCAGCAACGCCAGAUCAUUGGAGAAAUGUUUCCCGGGACAGUCUUGCCAGUCGGAAAGACCCCCAGUGGUCCUGAUUCCAGGAGACCUGGGUAACCAGCUAGAGGCUAAGCUGGACAAGCCUAGCGUGGUUCACUAUAUCUGCUACAAGAAGACUGACACAUUCUUCACCCUGUGGCUGAACCUUGAGCUGCUGGUGCCUGUGGCCAUCGACUGCUGGAUCGACAACAUGAGGCUGAUCUACAACAGCACCACCAGGAGCUCAGAGUCUCCCCCAGGAGUGGACAUCAGGGUACCAGGCUUCGGGCAGACCUACCCUCUGGAGUAUCUGGACCCCAGCAAGCGCAGCUUGGGUAUGUAUUUCUUCACCAUAGUGCAGGCGCUUGUGGAGAGGGGGUACACAAGAGAUGAUGAUAUUCGAGGAGCUCCCUAUGACUGGCGUAAAGCUCCCAAUGAGAACAAGGCCUACUUCCUGGGCCUCCAGCAGAUGAUCGAGGAGAUGGCGGAGAAGGCCGGGGGUCCCGUGGUGCUGAUCGCUCACAGUAUGGGGAACAUGUACACACUGUACUUCCUCAACCAGCAGCCCCAGGCCUGGAAGGACCGCUACAUCAAGGCCUUCAUCUCCCUGGGGGCACCCUGGGCGGGUGUGGCCAAGACCCUCAGGGUGGUCACCUCUGGCGAUAACAACCGUAUACCAGUCAUCAGCCCUCUGAAGAUCCGCUCUCAGCAGCGCUCCGCCGUCUCCACCGUCUGGCUGUUUCCCUACGCCCACUCCUGGCCCAACAACCAGGCCCUGGUCCAGACCCCAACCACUAACUACACCGUCAGGGACUACCAGCGUCUGUUCACCGACCUGGACUUCCCUGACGGCUGGGCCAUGCGGCAGGACACGGAGCCCCUGGUCAGUGCGCUGCAGGCCCCCGGGGUGGCCAUCCACUGCCUGUACGGGAGCGGCGUGCCCGCCGAGGCCUUCAAGUACGACGGCAAGUUCCCGGACGUGGAGCCGACGGUGGUGCAAGGGGAGGGCGACGGGACGGUGAACCUGCUGAGCGCCAUGCAGUGCAAACGCUGGCUGGGGAAGCAGAAGCAGCCGGUCCACCUGGUGGAGCUGCCGGGCAACGAACACGUCAACAUGCUGCUCAACAUCACCACCGUCGACUACAUCAAGGCUGUGCUGUUUCCUACCUGAGGGGUCCACUCCCUGUCCACUUCCUGCCCCCCCCCCCCCCCCCUCCCCGAUUCUCUCCCUCAACCGCCCCCGCUCAGGGGCUGCAACCAAUUUCUGCCUCUUCCUCCCUCUCUUGAUCUCUUCCUUUCCUCGCCCUUUCUUCUUGUUCUCCUCAGUGACCUCGUCAUUCAGAUUGAUGCUUCGUUGGCAGGGAAUUGAUUGGCGUUGGUUCGGAUCCAGAUCUUAGAGCUUCAUUCACACACACGUGCGAUUUCAUACAUUGGAUUCCUUGAUGUUCAUAGAAGAUUUUCAGUUUUAUAAUGUUGAAUGAUUUUAUGGUUGAUUUAUAUUCAUGUAUACAGUAGAUCUAUGAAAGACCUGUAGGUUUGUACCUUAACUACAAUUCUGUAAUUUAAGAGGAACUGAUCUAGAAACAGAGAGUAACAGGUUGUUUUGUGGCAUAAAACUAAAAUCAGAUUUUAUCUGCAAAUUUUUAAAAGCUAAUAUUCUAUUUAAGAUGUUACAUAUUAAAGCUGUUGGCCUAUAUUAAGUACAAAACGAGGGUUCCAUGUAGGCUCCAGUCAUCAAAAAACGAACACUUAAAAAUCACCUGGUGUAAUUCAUUCAGAUCAUGCUUUGCUUCUGUUAGUCUGCUAUUCUAAAUGUCAGCCAUUGUGUGCGAUCUGUACAACAUGAGAUUUAUCAUCAGAUUUAUGCUUACUGUCAGCUCAUCGAUAACCUUUAUAAUGACUAGUUCUUUCUUGAACCUGUUUGAUUUUUGUAUCUGUUCUUUGUUAUCCUACAUGGAUGUUAUUAUGUCUGGUACUGAGAACCUGCUACAGCACAGCAAGGCCUGCUCUGACCAGUGUGAUAGUAAUUGUGCCAUAUUACAGCCCCAUGGUUGGGCCAGACCAAGAUGUUGUCAUUGCUGAAAAUCAAAUAAGCUGUGUGUUGUGCACAUUUGCUGCCUUCUGACUGAGUAAAGCUGUGAUGUUACACAUCGA